AUGCAAGGACACUCAUACCCUACCAGCGGACAAGAUCCUAAAAAUAUCUUAUCGUCUGACGGCUCUCAAGCCUUUCUUUCUGUACCUGAGGCAUCAAAGAUAGCAUACCCUAACAUUACCUCAAUAACGAGAUACAACAAUUUCAAUAGAAGCACACAUUCAUUAAGUAACAUAACUGGAUAUAUGGCUUCUAGUGUACCCGCUACACAAAUAGGAAAUUAUAAAGCUAUUGCAACUGCUCAAAGCACCACUUCUGGUGUUGGUGGUGGUUCCAGUACCAACACGGAAGCCGAUGAGGAAGAGUUAGAUCAGCUGCUUCGGGAACUGCAGAGCUUAAUCAAUAGUCCAUACGCACUGGCCGUUCUUCAAAACAUAUUGGAAGUUAUUGAAGCACGCGCAUUAUGUAAUUUUGAUCCACUUUUUCGUGAUACUUUUCUAGAGUCCCGUAUACGUGACAUCUUGAUUGAGCUCACCACUCCAGGGACCGAGCAAUCAAUAGUCUUAGCACUCAACCUUAUUGAAGGUCUGCUGCCUAUUCGCUAUACACAUCCCCAACAGAAGUUCACUCGGCUAUGUCGCAGCCUCACAGCUGUAAUGGAAUGUGAUCUGGCACAGCCUUCUAUAGAUGCGCAAGAAUUCUAUAAACAAAUGCUAAGGCUUGACAUGCAAUUUGAUGACCCGCCUCUACUCACUUUUGUCCCAAAGGACCUUAAAGAUCGAUGCGAACACGCUCUCAUGCAGCUUGAUGGUCAAUUACAGCAAACUAAUGCACGGUUUCACCUAAAGUGCAUGUCCAUUCUGUUAGCAGGGGCAGCCACGGUUGAGAUCAACCCCCACUACAUAGGGAACCAGUUGCGCAACCAACUCAUGAUGCUGGCCAUGGUACUCUCGAGCUCGGAUGAUACAACAUUGUGUACCGCAGCUUAUGACUGCCUUUGUGCGAUUUUCCACAACACCAGUUAUAUGAGACGUAAUGAGAUCUCCCUGGAGAGUCGAUGUAUCUGCGAGGAAGCCAUACGGGUGUUAAGCAACAAGCAUCACAACGAGGCGAGUAUUGUAUCAACUUUGACUAGACUUCGUGCCUUAUUGAGCAGUCGUGAGCUUGGCAAUAUUAACAAACAUACCACGUCGCAGCUGUGUGUUUUAAUAACUGAGCUGUACCGAAAUACUGAAUCAGCAGCGGUUCGGCUGUCGGUGUGCAAGUUGGUGCCCAUUAUUGCGCCGAUCGAUCUCUACCAUGCACAGCGCCGGUCGAGCUACUGUGCUAUCAUUAUGAAACCCGUCAAGAACAUCCGUGACGAGCGCUCCAAGUCGGAUGAGUUGAACAACGUUGCAGUUUUUAUUGAGAAUGCUGGCUAUGGUGAUUUGGACGCCGCUAACCGAACGAACAUUGAUUCUAUUAUACACCGCUACAUAUCUCGCGUGGAAACACAAGAAAUAUGCUGGCGUAUCAUUGCUGCCAUCUGCCAAUCAAAUGCGAACAAUCCGUUUCCACAGGGUUCUUCUUCGAGGACUGGAAGCUUGUGUGCACGUCGUUCUCUCGUGUGCACACCAAGCUGUGACGCACCAAGCUUAACCCAAACUAUGUUAGCUUCUCAAAUGGAAGACUCCAACGCCACAGAAUUCUCGACCCUAGGCAAGGAACUCAAAAACUUACAUACAAAAGACGCACCAUCUGUCCCAGUAGGAUUUUCACCAGUCAUAAAAGGGAUACAGAAGACAUUUAUGCCAACCAUGACUUCCACAGAAGGAGUCGUUUCCACAACCACGCCACAGGUACAGUCCCAACACGGCGAGAACACCUCUAAAUAUAUGAAUAGGCUCCAGAAAAUAAGCACCGGUACCAGCUCUUCUGACGUACCAUUCACCGACUCAGUCACCUUGCACAUCAACAGCCCUUCUUCUCAGAAUUUGUCUUGCAAUUAUCCUACUGAUGCAAAUACUGCAAAUGCGGCAGGCACGGUAGAGAUGAUUCGCCGCUGCAUACCAUGUAUUGUGCAUGCAGCACUCACUCGGAAUUUAGUUCAGUAUAUUGGUAUCAUUCAGAAGCUUGUACCUUCUUUGAGCGAUGACAUUGAACGUUGUCUAGAUAAGCUAGUAGAUAGAACUCUUGAAAAGUUUGCCAAGAGCAACAUAGACUCGGACCACGCAAGGAGAACAAGCAUCAAGACAGACACCGCACAUGCAUCGACUUCUCAAAAUGCCAGCCACCGAGAUAUUACACUUGACGCCAAGCACACUUCUCCAACAUGCAUUACUCCCCUAUCGCAUUUUUUAAGUUCUAAUCAUAUUACAACAGGCGAUGAUUUGACAGACACAAUUAGUAGGACAAAUACUCAAAAGAACGAACAAAAAGACGGCUUCCCAAGUCACCUUAGCUCAUCUUUGUAUAGUACUCCGCUCUCUCGCAACCUGACAAGGAUACCAGCAGGACAUUCUUUCACGCCAACAGAUUUGAAGAGUUCAACAACAACACACGGUCUCUGCCAAUCAGUUCAUUCUUUACAGCCUACUGGAAAGCCGAAAUAUGAUUUGACAGUUGCCCUAGAGUGCUUUGCACGUCGUCCUGUCACAUCUGUUCAGAAACUUGAAGCAAUUAAAACGGUUAUCAUGCCAUUUCAGCGCAAUGCCGACCCUACAGUUCGGCAGAAAAGUAGCGAAGCUAUCAUUGUAAGCCUUAUUGAGUGGAUUCAAUACGCUAAGGAGCAUAAAACUUCAACUUACUCCACUCGCGUCAUUGAGAUUUUAGAAUCCUAUCUUAAAAAUGCGGUUUCUGAGAUGAACCCAACCUGUCGUCAUCGCGAAAUAACGCUUCUUGCAGACGCACCAAGCCUGCGCCCGUUUCUUUGCGAAUCUCACACGCUUUCUACGCUACUUAGUUUUCUGAAUUGUGAGCCGCUAGUGCGGGAGAAAACUGUGAUAUUACUCGUAUCCCUCAUUCAGGACCCAAAGCUUUCCAACUAUAUGAUUUCAGUUAAACAGAGUCUUUACGUCGCGAUUGAAUCCUACAUUGUAGUAUUGGAGCACACCAACGAGACUCGGACCCUGAUUCGAAGCUUAACAGACUUGCAAAUCUUCGCAUAUUAUUGCGUUCGUCUGCUUAAUAAUCAUCUCUGUCGCAUUCUCUACGCUUUUCGAAGGCGACUACAGGAGGAUAAUAUACCCGACUCAGUUUCACUUACAAUACUCAUAACUCUUGACAAGAUUCUAAGCGCUCUCGUAAAGGAGGAAAAGACGGUAUUGCAGUAUCAGGAUGACUUUUCUGAGAUUUACCCAUCGGUAGUCAGUGUUUUUAUCCAAACACCUUUGUUAGUUAUUCGACAUGCUGCAGUUAAUGUUCUCAUGAACCUUAAUCAUAUGUGCCCUGCCUCCAUGGUAUUAAUGGAAGAGAAACACCAUGAGCUAAUUGGUAUUCUAGGGAACGUGUACAACGCAAAUCAAUGCACUCGUGAGGGACUUUCCAACAUUUUAACGCUAUUUGGACAGCUUGGGGCGGUAGAUCCACCCUCAAACCCGAUUGCGGUUAAGAAAAAUAAAACUGAAGGGACCUUUGCUCAGGAUGAAGCUGAUUCAGACCUGAUGUUUGACUGUACCGCUAUCGUCUAUCGUACCUUGUGCCGAAUGUUGGAUCUAAGCAUGUCCGAAGCUGUUCAUUCACAGACCUUGCGUACACUUUUAGAUUUCAUUCGCUGCACCCAAGACAGCAGAGAAGUCGUGGAUGGGGUACACGCAGUGCAGGCGGUACUGCAUGUAUUGAAGUGUUUUACUGAUAGUCUUCCCCUCCGUCUCGAAGCACUGCAUGUCUUGGCCGGGAUUAUCGCGUUGAAGCAUGAUCGCGUCUCGCGCGUGAUGCUGCCUGAAAUUGUGGUUUUGUUGGAACAGCUUUGGAUCCCAAAUGAUAUUGUGCUUUUCCGCGCAGUCUUAGAGGUGGUUGAAGCUCUUAGACCAGGCAAGCUAUCGGGCAAGGAGCAUUUGGAAACAUGGGCAUGGCUGUACCCACGCCUCACUGACGCCGCGCUCCAAGAUCACACCGAAACACAUGAGUUCUGCCUGCACGUUAUCGAUAUUAUUCUUAACGCAAGUUAUAUCCCACCCCAUUGUAUGAAUAUCGUCUUUCCUAUGUUAAUGCAUUUCGUUAAGCAGACUGACCUCCUUGUCGAGGUGCGUAGCCAAUCGCUAUGUGCGGCUGUUCAUAUUGUCUGUGAACUCAAAGCUACACAAUAUCUGCCCUCAUUAAUACAAGGUAUUUCCACCUUUUCCAGGCACUGUGAUAUCAAUAAAGAACUUGCGUCACAAAUAUGCACACCAAACGUACGAGAAUCACUGAGGAUGCUUUCCACCCUACAGUUUGGCGGGCGCUCCAUCAUCAAGCAUCUUCGAGAUCGUAUCCUUGGCGUUGAUGGAUGUGGUUUCUCCGGCUCCCCGGCGUUAACUCUAUCCGCGGCGGGCAGGAACCAAAACUACAUUCUUGGGAGAGCGUCAGGACAAUCGUACUGGAAUACGGUCGUCCAGUCCAGUAGUAGUGCUCUCUCGUCUUCAACUCACAUGAGCGUUCGAACAGACAGCGCGACCGGCGGGAUAACCGGUAGAUCAUUUAUUCAGCAUAAACACCCUGAGCUACUGCGCGCUGACGACGACGCGAUGCCAUCUUCACUCAUGCUUGGCAACGCCGAUCCAUCCCAAGACCUAGUUCUCUUUAUGAAGCACAUUGAAAGUGGCGAGCGUGUGAAAGAGAACAAGUUGCGGGAGUGGUUCGCUGAAUUACAAAAGUGGAUUAUAUUAGUCGCACCGCACCCCGCUUUUCGUGUCUUGGUGAAUCUUUUUGACAAGCAUGAGCAGCUUCGAAGAGAGCUUUUUUACCCAUCCUUUAAGGUUUUGUACGAAAUGCUGAGUGCAGAGCAGAUUAAAAAAGUGGAUGUUGUGCUUACAUUGGUUUUGAAUAGCAACGACGCUGAUUUGUCAAGCAAAUGUCUUGGAUUAGUCGACUAUCUCAAUCACAACACACCUAAAAUCUCAAAAGAAGUACUUGACGAGCUAAGCAACCUCGAACGCAACGAUAAUGGGAAGGUGUUUAUACACGCUACGGAUGCAGGACCAGUUCGUCAGAAUUUUAAUCCAAACUGGAACAUGUGGCACGGUUACCCCUUCAUUCACAACAACGAACAGAUCCAGAAAGCUAGCAGUUCCACAAGCACAAACACCGUGGGAGACUUGAAAGCCAAUGAUGUUUUGACAGAAAAAGGAAGCCAAAUCUGCACCCAUGUUGAUAACGUUGAGGUGCCGUUGCUAUCCGAUUCAUGUGUGUCCUUACUGAACAUUUCUCGGCAUGACAAAGAAAGCGGUUGCUAUCACAAACCCAAGGAAGGAGUUGAAGAAGAACAGCAUGAUGAGCUGUCUGAAAUAAAAAGCAUAACAGGCGGAGACGAGUUAAUGUUCCCUAAAGAAACUCCAACGAAUCUCACAAUUGGCUCACAGGGGCCUCCCAUUUGUGUGCCUAACAUUAGCUCUUCAAACAGGAGUAUAAAUUUCCUACAAAAAGACAGUCCAAUACCACAUGGGGAACUUUCAACAUGCAAAACGAACAUCCUCUUCUCUACGAAAGAUAUUAUUAUGGCAUCGAAGCGAACUCGAAUGCAUGACAAAGCUCUCAGUUACUUAGAAUGCAAUCUUCAGCAUGUACUAAACGUCUACCGUUAUCGUGAAUUACCCCGUGAGGUGAUCAAAAAAAAUGUGUGGCCACUUGCUUGGGUUUACAGCCAGCGUGAAAUGCAAGACUCGGUUGUUGGUCUCUUCAAAACAAUCCGCUAUGUUGGUAGUGAUGAUGAUGGGUUUCGUUUCGAGCUCCUGCGUUGGUGGGAAAGAGCGAAGCAAGCCUACCAGAAGGCUUUUCAAGGUGAUCCUAUUGGUCCUUCAGUCAACUCAGGGAUUGUAGAGGGCUACGUGAGGACACUCUGUUUUUGCGCGGAAUGGGACAAGGCCUUGGCAGUAGUCAAACAGGUUUACGUUCAUAAUUCUCACGUUUUUUCUCAAACCGCCAGAAGCACCCACACACCCGGCACGGUCAACAUUUCUUCAACUGUCGCUCAGUGUGGGGCUUUAUCCGCCUGGGUGCUCGAACGCUGGGAUGAUGUGACCCAGUUAGCUGAAUGCAUAUCCCCGAGUGAGGGUAACAAUGCGGCCAUUCGUCUCUUCUUCUUGAAUGUUGCUCAGCUGCACUCCAGCAUCGUCGAAGGAGCUACCAGUUCGUACGGCUCCCUACGGCGGUUGUUUAGCGAAGGAAAAAUGGUGGUCGACAAAAGCUUAUGCACCCUUAUGCCUCUGAGCUAUUCACAUGCCUAUGAAAAUAUAGCGCUGCUGCAGCACUUCACCGAGAUGGAGGAAACCUUGGAUUACACCCUCUGUCGCUCUACCAAGCGUCGUUCUCAGUUUAUCGAGCGGUGGAACAAGCGCUUUUUGCACCUAAAACCCGACUCUCUAUACCCCAGCCUGCACUCCCUCCUCCUCCAUUCCCUUGUCCUCAGUCGCAGUGAGAUGUCAAACAUGAUGUUGCACUUUUGUGAGUCCAUGAGUGCGGAAUAUCCGAAACUCGCCAUUUGGGCGAUGAAUUGGCUUUGGCGUGGUAUUUCUUCAUCUCAUACCGAUGGUGAGCCUCCGCCGAUACACACAAGUGAUAUGCAAAAGAGCGACCCUAGUGUUGUGGUCGGUUAUAUCUCUCACUUGUGUUGUCAAGGUCACCGGCAGGCGGCCAUUUUCUAUAUGGAGCGGUACUUGAUGGACCAUGGGAAGGAAUUGGAGGUGAGAGAUCCCGACUGCUAUGGUGGGGCCCACCUAAAGUUAGGGAUGUGGAAACAGGACCUUCAUGCAGAUUGCUUCUGGAUGAAAGAGUACUGUGAUACCGUAUUGGCACACUUCCACGAGGCGAUUCGAGCCAUGCCGCACAGCUUCGAGGCGUGGCACAGCUGGGGUUUAAUGAACUACCGCAUUCAACAGCGCGAACACCGAUUUACAUUGAGCGAGUUCCAACGCUUUGUGGAGGCUGCACAUCAGGGUUUUGUUGCGGCUAUCUGUCGUUGUAAAAGUCCUUCUGAGGCCCUUCCCGGUAUUAUGCGUUUGCUUCAGUUAUGGGUCCUGCACAAUGGAGUUGCCUUUUUGAAGGAAAUGGUUGCAGAUAGCAUCAGCCGCAUUCCUGUCGAUCAUUGGGUCCAAUCUAUUCCACAGCUCAUUGGAUACCUCGGCAAUGACUGCCACGACGUCCGCGAGAUGAUUAGUAUGAUUCUUAAAUCGUUGUGUAGAAAACAUCCUCAGGCUGUAGUGUUUCCUUUACUUGUUGUGCUUAUACCAGAUGAUAUGUGCAUCAAUACCGACCCGCAGCUGCUUCUAAAGCGAGAGUUGGUGCGGUCGAUAAUUCAGCACUGCCCUAUACGAAUUCGAAACGAGGCUGAGACCGUGGCUAAACUUCUGGUGGAGGUGUCAGCUAUACCUAUUGAAAAAAUUCGAGAGAACUUGAGCCGGGUUGCCACGGCAUGGAAUCCCAAUGCUGAAUACGAGGAUGACCGUGAUGAGGUGCAUCAACGGCUCAAGGCUACCUUAGAUAUCUUUGAAGUCAACCGCAGACACCUGCUCUACACUGUUGGUGAUAUUGGUCAAUUUGUACGAAUGGUUAUUGAUGAUGAUCUUCGCGGGCAGCGCGAGAAGGCGACCGGAAUUGUAAAUCAACUGGUGGAUGAAAUCACCAAACACAUAUCGGAAAAAUUGGGAAGGGAACCCCAGAAGGCGAUGGAACCGCUGUUGCGUUUACGAAAUUGCGCUAUUGCUGUGUUUGGUGAGUACGACAUUGAGAACGUCAACUACCCCACCAUUGUUUCUUUCAGUUCUGAACUGGAUGUCAUCCCUUCGAAGAAGCGACCACGGCGAAUUCAGUUGAAUGGCUCCGAUGGAUGUCUUUAUAGCUAUUGUCUUAAAGGGAAUGAAGACAUUCGCAUGGACGAGCGUGUCAUGCAACUUUUUGGAAUGGUCAACAUUCUUCUCAGUCACAUGCGGAUGCCCAGUCGGGCCGACAUACACCGUUUCCCAGUCAUUCCCAUCACCUCCAACGUUGGUUUACUGGGUUGGGUGAAGGACGCGAGGACGAUUAACAACACCAUUUGCAACUAUCGCUCGACCAUUUCCCACCAGCGCACCCACCACGAGGCGAACGUGUUGCACCACUACGUGGAGUCCUUCGGGCAGUGGGAGAAGCUGAGCAUCAUUCAACGCACGGAGGCGCUGGACUUUGUCAUGUCACAGAAAAAUUGCAACGCGGUUGAUGUCGCGCGCACGAUGUGGUAUCGCGCCAACACCGCCGAACAAUGGCUUGAUCUUCGGAUUGUGUAUACCACCUCAUUGGCAACCAUGUCCUUAGUGGGCUAUGUACUUGGUCUCGGCGACCGCCAUCUCGGCAACAUCUUAUUGUCCAUGUCAACCGGAAAAAUUGUUCAUAUUGACUUUGGUGAUAGCUUUGACGUCGGUCGAUUACGACAUGUGCUGCCUGAGACCGUGCCAUUCCGCCUAACACGUAUGCUUACUAACGCGAUGGAAGUAUUUGGCGUCAACGGCGUUUUUCGGGCCUCGGCAACGCGUACUCAAAGUGUUUUAAGCCAGAACCGGGAUAGCAUUAUGGCGCUGCUGUCGGCUUUUGUGUACGACGCGAUUAUGCAACAUAAAGGUAAUGUCAAAAAUAUUAUGGAUAAAAGUCGUUCGCCUCAGAACAUUGUUGAGCGAACACGAAAUAAGUUACGGGGAAGAGAAAUGGCAUUGCCGAACGCACGAAUGACUAUCUAUAAUACUACGCCAGAGAGUUGUCGUCGGCCUGAUUUGCUCUUUAUGUCUAAGGCCUUCGAUGACAGCGCGGUACGGGAUCAAUCCCUAGGAAUGACUCCUGAAAUGCAAGUUGGAUUUUUAAUCGAUGAAGCGACACGCAUUGAUAAUCACACAACAAUGUACUUUGGGUGGGGACCAUUAUGGUAA